UGUGACGUCAUCACUAAGGGACAGAUGCCGCUUCAUUUACGCCUUCAACACGCUGAUCGAAGUGACAGGUUUAAAAGCAUGGAUUUGCUAUACGGGCCGCUGGGUUUCGGUGUGGUUGCAGGCCUGGGCUGCGGCCUCCUCCUCGGCUGGCAGCUGCGGGGCCGUUUGGCCCGGACGUCCAAAAGCGUGAUGGCCGCCAUGGGCAACGGAGGAAAUGAAACAAGUGUGAUGGGAGAAGGAGGAGAGUUCAAGAUGAUCCUGGUGGUUCGAAAUGACCUGAAGAUGGGGAAGGGGAAGGUGGCCGCCCAGUGCGCCCACGCCGCCGUGUCCGCCUACAAGCAGGUCCAACACAGGAACCCCAAGCUGCUCAAACAGUGGGAGUACUGCGGGCAGCCCAAGGUGGUGGUGAAGGCGCCCGACGAGGACACCCUCAUCGACCUGCUGAGCCGAGCCAAGGAGGUGGGGCUUCCUGUCAGCCUGAUCCAGGACGCCGGAAGGACUCAGAUCGCACCGGGAUCACGCACCGUGCUGGGCGUCGGCCCAGGUCCCGCCGAUCUGAUCGACAGCAUCACUGGAGACCUGAAGCUCUAUUAGAGGACCCAGCUGCAUCUGAAGGACUUGAAUCCAAACUCAAGGUUGUUCAAGAAAACAAAGAUGAACUGCUGUGUUUAUAUUUUUGUACAACAGUUCAGGGCUCUGACUGCUAGAAAUCAGCCAGCUGUCGGUGUGUGAUAAAGACGGCAGACUGCAUCAAGCAGUCAGGUGUAAACGCUCCGAAAAUGAAAACAUACAAUGAUUUAAGACUGUUGAUGUCAUUAUCACAGCACAGGAAUGAAUAUAUGGUUAUGGUGAUACAUUUUAGGGAAAGGAAGCUUAAAAGUUAAGAAUGCUCCAUUGUGAUCUCAAGUAACUACUUUGGAUGUCAGAUGUGGAAGAGAAUUUAGCAUGGCUGCAGUCAAGCGGGUGACAUUAAUGGAACAUCAUUGUGAUGAGAUUGGACAUCCUGGAUUUUAUUAUUAAAUCCUCACUUGA